GGGACAUAGGAAGCGGCGGUAUAUCACUCUUUCACAAAACAUACGCUAAACAAAAAUACGAGUUAUUAUGCAUUUAAAUAUAGCCUGGGUAAUAGUUAAAAAUAGUUUAUACAUGAGUAUUUCGUGAUCAUUAUUACAAACAAAAAAGCAGGUUGCACGCGUUAAAAUAAUGCGCUCUUAUCAUUUGUGCAAUACGCACCUCAAAACACUAAUUACCACAUACAGAAACUAGGAAGUGACUCUUCUAAAAGAGGAUUACGCCGAACUGCGCGCCGGAGGCGUGGCGCUGAAAGUCCCCGAAGUCCGCCCUCCCUCCUUCGCGAUACGUCGCUGAUGUGAAUCAACCUGUUCAACUUGGACGAAAAAAUACCUGCGGCCGAGGAAGGAUGCCCAUCGAGAGCGUCCCGGCUUAAGAUCGCCCGGAUCCAGCAGCGAGGAUGCGGCAGCGAGUGUUCAGCCUGCCGCGGCAGCAGUCCCUGCUGCAGCCGGCCGUGUUUAAUCCCUUUGCGCAAGAUUUAAAACUCACAACGGGCCUCAAACUCAAAUGCCUCCUUCUUGGUGUCCUCCUGGUCCCCCUCCGCUGCCUCCUCCUGCUGCUCCUGCUCCUCCUGGCAUGGCCCAUUGCCGCCGUGGCCACUCUGCUGCUCCCGCUGAAGGGGAACGUGGAGCCCAUGUCAGGCUGGAGACGGUGCCUCUCCUGGGUGGUGCUGGCAGGAUUUGGCCGCCUGGCCUUCUGCAUCAUGGGAUUCCGGGUGUCGGUACGUGGCCGGCGGGCUGGGAGCGCCGAGGCCCCCAUCCUGGCUGUGGCCCCCCACUCCAGCUACUUCGACAGCAUCGUGUGCAUCGUGGCCGGGGCGCCCUCCACCGUGUCCCGCACGGAAAAUCUGUCCGCGCCCAUCUUCGGACGAUUCUUGCGCUGUCUUCAGCCCGUGCUGGUCUCACGCCUGGACCCGGACUCCCGCAAGAACACCAUCCUGGAGAUCGAACGGAGAGCCACCUCUGGGGGCAGGUGGCCACAGGUCCUAAUUUUCCCGGAAGGAACCUGCACGAAUCGGGCCUGUCUCAUUACAUUCAAACAAGGUGCCUUCAUUCCUCGAGUCCCAGUCCAACCAGUGCUCCUGCGAUACCCCAACAAGCUGGACACGGUGACUUGGACUUGGCAGGGGCCGAAAGGGAAGAUGCUCUUCCUCCUCACCCUCUGCCAGCUGUACACCAAUGUGGAAAUUGAGUUCCUGCCCCCGGAGAUCCCUGGGGAGAAAGAGAAGGCUAACCCCACGUUGUUCGCCAACGCUGUGCGGAGCGUCAUGGCAACGGCCCUGCAUGUCCCAGUGACAGACCACACUUAUGAAGACUGCCGCCUGAUGAUCUCUGCUGGGGAGCUAACCCUGCCUAUGGAAGCUGGCCUGGUGGAGUUCACCAAGAUCAGCCGCAAGCUGAACCUCAAGUGGGACAACGUGAAGAAGGAACUGGAGGGCUUCAGUGCCAUCGCCCAGUCCUGCCAGGGCGGCCGCAUCACCUUGGAGGAGUUUGCCCACUUCCUGAAGCUGCCCGUCAGCCGCCCGCUGGAGGAGCUCUUCAGCCUCUUCGACAGGAAUGGAGAUGGAACCAUCGACUUCAGGGAGUACGUCAUUGGGGUGACCAUUCUCUGCCGGCCUGCUAACACCGACGAGACCAUCCAGAUGGCCUUCAAGCUGUUUGACACAGACAAGGACGGGAACAUUACGCACAGUGAGUUCUCGGCGCUGAUCCGCUCCGCCCUGGGUGUCCCCGAGCUGGACGUGUCCCGGCUCUUUAGCGAGAUCGAUGUUGACAGCUCUGGACACAUCACCUACGAGGAGUUCCGGACCUUUGCGCUGACCCACCCUGAAUACGCCAAGCUGUUCACCACUUACCUGGAGCUGCAGCGGUACCAUGCCCUGCAGGGGAUGGAGCCUGAGACCAGCCGACCUGCCAACAGCGUCUGCCCUGAGGACACGCAGGAAGACAGCAGCUCUGACAAAAAAGAGGACUGACACUGGACUGGUGGCAGGAGUGAUGGGACAGUCUUGGUGAGACUGGUUGAGGCAAUGAAACAACCAGUCAUUAUCCAAUUUGCCCCUUGACACAGCCCCUAGACCUCUUUGCCACGCCCCUAGACCUCUUUGACACAGCCCCUAGACCUCUUUGACACGCCCCUAGACCUCUUUGACACAGCCCCUAGACCUCUUUGACACGCCCCUAGACCUCUUUGACACAGCCCCUUGACCUCUUUGACACAGCCCUUUCACCUGUUUGAUGUCUUCCAUUUUAGGAAUGUACAGUGAUUGCUGCUGCAGGUUUUUUUCUCCUAGGAUUGUCACGUGUUUCCUGCUGCCCCCUGUGGCCAAGUUUAGGAAGUCUCUGCCCAUGCUCUGCUCUGAUACUGCUUUUCCUGUUUGACUUGCUAUGCUUUUUGCCGUUGACAACCUUGCAGUGUGACCUCAGUGACCUGUAGCCAGGCCCGCCAGAGUGACAAGUUGAGUAUUUUCAUAGAAAAAGACGUUUCCACAAUCAGGGUGGCCCAUGAGGGGGGAGAAAGGGAAGACUUUGAGGGUCCCAAAUGAUCAAUCUGCCAACAGCCCCCUCCCCCAAGAGGCCCAGUCUGUGCAGCCCUGUCUGUGAUGCGUCUAGGUGUAAGACUGGGAUGUGGUUCAACGCAGUGACAUAUUGGCAUGAGCUCCUGGAUUUUGUGGCUGGUGUUCUGUUGCUUGAGAAAUGGAAAAGAUGAGUAAUUGUCCAACAGACUUUCAAUGAGUUUUGAAGGGAAGGGAGGGUUGGAAAGACAAGAACCCGGAUGGUUUUUGCAUAAUGGCAGAUGUGUGUACAGUACGUGUGUUUAGUGAGAUUUUCUGUUUCGUUGUGGUGACUAUUUAGUGGAACAAAGUGAACAGGUGUUCUUCUUUUGACAUAAGUGGUGUAGUGUCAUUUUUAAAAUAUUCCAAUAAACUUUUACACUUUGU